AUGGACCACAGUCAUCACGAUCACGGAAUGGACAUGCCUGACGGUGGUGGCUGCGGCGGCGGCCACAUGAUGGUGUUUCACGCUAGCGUAAAAGCACAAAUCCUUUUCCAAGGCUGGGAGACAACAAACGCUCUACAACUCUUCGGAUCAGCUAUGGCCAUAUUUGUAGCGGGCGUACUCUACGAAGGCUUCAAGUAUUACAGGGAGACGCUAUUCGAGAAGGCUGCGCUCGCGGCGACAGCUGAAUCACAAGUCAACAUCGCCAAGAACGAAAACGGGGCACGGUCGUGUCACACUAAACGGACUGUCACAUACACGAUGUUUUCGAGCGGUCACAUUUAUCAGACGGUUCUCUACUUCAUUCAAGCGUGGGUCUCCUAUAUUCUUAUGCUGGUGUUCAUGACAUACAAUGUCUGGCUAUGUCUUGCUCUGGCACUAGGUCUGGCUGUCGGGUAUUUCCUUUUUGGAUGGCGCAGAACAACCGCCAUAGACAACGGAGAGUGUUGCAUGUGA